UUUUUUUUUUUUUUUCUGUCUGCCUUCAAGAUUUUCUCUUUCUCUUUCUCAACACUUCAACCUUGAUCCUUUUAGGUGUGUUGUUCUCUGUGUUUAUCCUGCUUGGAGUUCUUGGAGUUCUGAAUAAGUGGAUUGGUAUUGUUCAUUAAAUUUGGAUACUUCCCAGCCACUGGGUAUUCAGUAGUUCUCUGCCCCACUGUUCUUGGAUAUUGUUCCAAUUUUCUUCCUUUCUGUAUUUUCAUGUGGAUCAUUUUUAAAAAUUUUUUUCAUGUUUUUAUUUAUUUUCGAGAGAGCAUGAGCGGGGAAGCGGCAGAGAGAGAGACAGAGACAGAGACAGAGAGACAGAGGGAAACACAGAAUCCAAAGCGGGCUUCAGGCUCCGAGCUGUCAGCACAGAGCCCGAUGCGGGGCUCAAACCCACAAACUGUGAGAUCAUGACCUGAGCCAAAGUCAGACACUUAACUGGCUUGAGACACCCGGGUGCCCCUCGUUUGGAUAAUUUCUUUCAACUUCCAAACCUCUGAUGAAACCCCUCAUCUACUCAUUCAUUCGGUCCACCUUUUUCACUAGAUGCUCUAAGGUACUUACUGUAAUUAAGUUCCUGCAAAAUAAUUCCAACAUCCUGGCCGUCUUUGGAUCUAGUUCCAUUGACUGUGUGUCCUGAUAAUGCAUAGUUUCUAUUUUUCUCCUGUGGUGAGUUUUGACAGGAUGCUAGCCACAUGUAGACGCUGAGAGUGCCACACCUCUUGUGUCAGGCUGUUUGUGCAGGCACUCAGCUCUGCUAGUCUGUUGUUGCAGGAGUCUGGGCUUUGCUGUGGCUCUGGGCGCAUUCAGUUCGCCACAGGCUUCCGCUUAUUUGAGGGUCGGAUGAAAAUGUCUCCUUUGGCAGCUCUUGUUUAUCUCAGUUGUCCUGCCUUACCCCCAAACGUAGUAGGACCUGUGUGCCUGCCUCAGGAGAGCUAGAACUCUCCUCAGCUCUCGUGCCCUCCCUACGGUAGUGGACCAGUGCCCGAUACUCAUUUUGAGUUGCAGAGGCCGGCAGGGACCACUCCUCCUCUCGGUCGUUCCCACCGCUCUUCAGCAGGCUCUGCCUGUCUGAGCCUCGGGUGGUCCCAGGGUCGGGGGUGUCGUCACCUGUCCCUUGCCCUCCUUCCGUGGUGGGCGGCCAUGACCUCCCGCUCCCCCUCAGACUCCAGCAGGCCCCACACACCCAAGCCUUAAGAGGGGUUCCGGGGCCCGGGGUUCUCCCACCCCUGUUAUCGCCUUGCGUGUGUUCUUCCCGCGCUCUCUUUCCCACCUCCGUCCUCACUGCCUUCACAUACCCUUCCUCAGCACCCAAGCUUCUAAAUCCAGCUCACGGAGUAGGUCUCAAGAGCCAUCACCAGUUUCAGAAAACCUUCCUGCUCUCUCAGGCCUGCAUCAGAUGCUCUCCCAUCACUUCUAACCUUUGAGCUGAGAAAACAGAAGUCCUCAGUGAAGAUCUGUUACAGAUCGAGCGGCGCCUGGACACGGUUCGGUCAAUAUGCCACCACUCCCACAAGCGCCUGGCAGCAUGCUUCCAGGGCCAUGGCCCCGACGUGGAGAAGAGAUACAAAAAACUCCCUCUGACCGCUCUUGCUCAGAACAUGCAAGAAGCAUCGACUCAGCUGGAAGACUCCCUGCUGGGAUUCUGGAGACGUGUGGCAAUGCUGAGAACCAGCUGGCUCUAGAACUUUCUCAGCAUGAGGUCUUUGUUGAGGGAGAGAUUGUGGAUCCUCUCUGCAGCAUCGCAGAGUUGGAGAUUCCCAACAUCCAAAAACAGAGGAAGCAGCUCGCUAAAUUGGUGUUAGACUGGGAUUCGGUCAGAGCCAGGUGGAACCAAGCUCACAAAUCUUCAGGAACCAACUUCCAGGGACUUCCAUCAAAAAUAGAUACCCUAAAGGAAGAGAUGGAUGAAGCUGGAAAUAAAGUAGAGCUGUGCAAGGACCAGCUUGCAGCGGACAUGUACAACUUUAUGGCCAAAGAAGGGGAGUAUGGCAAAUUCUUCAUUACGUUAUUAGAAGCCCAAGCAGAUUACCAUAGAAAAGCAUUAGCAGUCUUAGAAAAGGCCCUUCCCGAAAUGCGAGCCCAUCAAGAUAAGUGGGCGGAAAAGCCGGCCUUUGGGACUCCUUUGCAAGAGCACCUGAAGCGGAGCGGGCGUGAGAUCGCAUUGCCCAUCGAGGCCUGUGUCAUGCUGCUUCUGGAGACAGGCAUGAAGGAGGAGGGCCUUUUCCGAAUUGGAGCUGGGGCCUCCAAGUUAAAGAAACUGAAAGCUGCUUUAGACUGCUCCACUUCUCAUCUGGAUGAGUUCUACUCAGACCCCCACGCUGUAGCAGGUGCUUUAAAGUCCUAUUUACGGGAAUUACCUGAACCUUUGAUGACCUUCAGUCUGUAUGAAGAAUGGACCCAAGUGGCAAGUGUGCAGGAUCAAGACAAAAAACUUCAAGAUUUAUGGAGAACAUGUCAGAAGUUGCCACCACAAAAUUUUGUUAACUUCAGGUAUUUAAUCAAGUUCCUUGCAAAGCUUGCCCAGACCAGCGACAUUAAUAAAAUGACUCCCAGCAACAUUGCAAUUGUGUUAGGCCCUAACUUACUAUGGGCCAAAAACGAAGGGUCGCUAGCUGAAAUGGCAGCGGCCACAUCUGUCCACGUGGUUGCGGUCAUUGAGCCCAUCAUUCAGCACGCCGACUGGUUCUUCCCUGAAGAGGUGGAAUUUAACGUCUCAGAAGCAUUCGUGCCUCUCGUCACCCCAAAUUCCAAUCACUCAUCUCACACUGGAAAUGACUCUGACUCAGGGACCCUCGAGAGGAAACGACCUGCCAGCAUGGCAGUAAUGGAAGGGGACUUGGUGAAGAAGGAGAGCUUUGGUGUGAAGCUUAUGGACUUCCAGGCCCACCGGCGAGGUGGCACUCUAAAUAGAAAGCACAUAGCCCCAGCUUUCCAGCCGCCACUCCCGCCCACAGAUGGCGGCACCUUGGCUCCUGCGGGCCCAGAGCCCCCUCCCCAGAGCUCUAGGGCUGAAAGCAGCACAGGGGGUGGGGCUGUCCCCUCCUCUGCGGGCAUACUGGAGCAGGGGCCAAGCCUGGGCGACAGUCCGCCGAAACCCAAGGACUCUGCCCCUGCCCCUGCACCCACCCCGGGGAGAAGCAACAGUCAGAUGGCCGCUGGCCCGAACCAGGCCCAGACAGCGGCUGGCUCCCAUCAGCUCUCAGUCGGCCCAGGGCACAAUUCCGCCGGCCCCAGCCCACACACUCUGCGCCGAGCUGUUAAAAAACCUGCUCCUGCACCCCCGAAACCAGGAAACCCGCCUCCCGGCCACCCCGGGGGCCAGAGUUCUCCGGGACCGUCUCAGCAUCCGCCCAGUCUGUCGCCAAAGCCAGCCGCCCGAAGCCCUUCUCCUCCCACUCAGCAGGCGGGCCAGGCCCCGGGCCAGCCGUGCGCCGCCCCGCAGCCCUCGGCGCCCCGGAGGUACUCCAGCAGCCUGCCUCCCAUACAAGCCCCCAGCCACCCGCCGCCGCAGCCCCCCACGCAGGCCGCGCCGCCCCCGGGGCACACCAAACCCGGUGGCGGCCAGGGCCCGACCGCCCCCACGGCACCGGCCGGCGAGCAGGGACUGGAGCAGCCACCUCACACCCCUCCCCAGACUCCGACGCCCCCCAGUACUCCGCCUUUAGGAAAACAGAACCCCGGCCCGCCCGCUUCGCAGACCGCGGCGGGGACUAACCCUGAGACUGCGCAGCCACACGCCGGAACCUUACCGAGACCGAGACCAGUACCAAAGCCCAGGAACCGGCCCAGCAUGCCUCCGCCCCCACAUCCCCCUGGCGCCCACUCCGCGGGGGACGGCACCCUCAGCAACGCAGCUCCCACUGCCUCCAAAAUAGUAACGGACACCAGUUCUAGAGUUUCAGAACCGCUUCGCAGCACCUUUCCUGACACGCAUUCAGACUCCGCAAGCAGAGACGUGCCCGGGCGCAUUGUGUUGGACAUAGACAACGACACGGAAAGCACCGCCCUGUGAAGAAAGCCUCCCCCAGCCCGGCCCCCUCCACCCUGGCGCGUGGAGCAGGGGCAGGUGCGCAGUUACCCUUGCAGACCCAACAGCGAAGAGCUUCCAGUGAAGGGAAACGAAGGCCUGACGUGCAGGGCCUCGCCUCCCGCAGCCCGAGGACAAGGUGGGGGCUGACACUUGAAGCUGAAUGACCUGUGUCUUGAGGACGCUGGCUUUCUUUACCUGGGAAGGAAAUCAUGCCCAGAAACAUUUCUAAAAGAAGGAAAAACGGAAAAAGACAAAAGAAAACGAAGUAGCUAGAAUGGAAGGAGUAUGCUCGCCGAGACGUGGGGAGGAAGCUUUGUCGCUGCGCGGUUAGUGCAGGCCGUUCGGAAUGAAGAAGCACCGCGUUAACUAUUUAAUAAAAUGCCGUUCAUUAUGCAGAUCACCCACUUCCUGCUCCUUGGACUUUGAUUCUCACACCUUAGGAGGGAGGUCCCUCUCCUUCAGAAUCGCCGCAGAAUCAUUUUGUAUGAAGUAUGGUCUGUGCCUCCCCGAGCCCCCGAAAACCACGCGCAUCGAUGGUGACUGCUGGAUCCGUCACCUCAGCAAACUGGAUGUGACCUGUGCCUUGCCGGAUUGCAGAAUGUAGAAAGAAACGUACUGUUCUUUUUUUUUUUUUUUAAACAAUGUAAUUGCUACUUGAUAAGGACCGAACAAUAUUCUAGUUUCAUGUUUAAUUUGAAUUAAAUAUAUUCUGUGGUUUA